ACUUCUGCUUUUACCCCUCACUGCCCGAUGGUUCCGCCCAACAACGAGGGGAACAAGUUCUCCAGGGAAUUGAAUUCUAGAGACUGACCCGGAGCCAAGUGUAAGAGUGGGACAGUAAUUCUCCUCUCACCAUGAAGCCCAUGAUGUUGCCACUGUUAUUAUUUGCACUGGUGGCCGCACAGGGGUGCAAAGUUGGGGUUCCCGGGAUCCCAGGAGCCCCAGGGCCUGAUGGGAAAGAUGGAAGUGAUGGAGCCAAAGGAGAUGUGGGGGCGCCGGGGCAGAUCGAGGGUUGGAAUAAAGAGGAACAAAAAGGAGACACUGGCCCAGCCGGUAGCCCAGGAAAAGUUGGACCCAAAGGGCCAAUGGGGCCACCAGGACUUCCGGGUUUGCCAGGCCCAAAGGGCAUAAAAGGGGAGUCGGGCGACUAUGAGACCAGCCUGAAAUCGUCAUUCUGUGCUCAGAAGUUGGGGUCGGGGGCGGUGCGGAGAGAAACCCCCAUUCGCUUUGAUAAAACCAUUUCCAAUGAGAGUGGCCACUAUGAUCAGAGGACGGGCAAGUUCACGUGUCGGGUCGCGGGCAUCUAUUAUUUCUCCUAUUAUGCCACGUCCCGGGGGCACCUCUGUGUGAAUAUCAUGAAGGGGAAAGCGCAGAAGAGCAAAAUGGCCACAUUCUGUGACCAGGCCAAUAAUAUAUUCCAGGUGACCACUGGGGGGCUGGUUCUGCAGGUCCAGAAAGACGAGUCCGUUUGGCUGGAGAUGACAGAUAAGAACAACCUGCUCGGAACCGACGGGGCAGACAGUCUCUUCACUGGGUUCCUGCUCUUCCCUGACUCCAGUCUAUAAGAACCUUCUGCUGCACCAACCAAUCUGCUCCAUUAACCAAUUGCUUUAUAGUCUAGAACUGCAUUAACAGCACUGACACCAGCUCAACUGCCCCCCUCAAUCAGGUACCCCAAUAUGCCACUGCCUUUCAUUCCUGCUCCGGGGCUGCAUUCCUUCCCAUGCCCAGGCUCCCUGGCACAUGUGAUCUCUGAAUAUUCUGUAUCCAAUCUCUGUGAGUUUGGACUCUCUCACAAUGAAAGGCAAUCAGGAUAAGAUUUGGGGUGCAGGCAGAUUUAGUAGGGCGACUACUGCAACACUGGGACAUCUGUCAAAUAUUGUACCACAAUGGGGGUUUGAAAAAUCUCAGAAUAGUGCACUAUAGGCUAAUAGAACUAAUACACAUUAACCUAAAGAACUAGCAAUCUGAUUUAAAUGAAUGCAAUAGGAAAGCCCAGUGAAUUCUGAAUAGUUACUCUCUACCAGGCCAUAGGAAAGAGAACAGCCCAACAGUUAAAAGUAGAGUAAAUGAGAGAUCUAUUCCUGAAUUAGUGAUUGGAUUCACUUACCCUGGGGGAGGUUCCUACCUGACCAUGGGAAAGAGAGCAGCCCAGAACCAAGAGUAAGUACUGGGGGGAAAUGGAUUCCCUUGCUUGGCCAUGGGAAAGAGAGCAGCCCAGGAGCAGCAAGAACAGAGGAUAAGAGAUAAUGUAAAUAGGCAUUUAUAGAGUGAAAGUGUUUUAUUGUGUAUUUAGCAGCUGCCAGAGACUCCUAUGAGGGAAAACUACUGCAAAUUGUAUUAGAAUGACACUGCCUUCAAUGUACUAAAAGUUAGUUUUAAGAUAAACUUCCCCUUUAUCACUCCCAUGAUGCAUUGUGUGACUAAAAGUCUCCUAAAAGUCUCUUCCCCAGGACAGGCAUUAGUGCCCCAUUAUAUCUCAAUUAGAACAUUAAUUAGCUGCAAAGUCUCGGUAUUAACCAUUAGACAGACCUGAGGGUGCAAGGCCGGGAGUGACCAGCAGGGGUCAGUGUCUGUUCAUAUAUUAUUACUAUGGGGUCAGGCAAAUGUUCUGAAAGCUUGUUGUGAUUAUCGUCUCAGUUAUUCAAUAAAGGUUUUGCCUUUUUA